UAUCUAGGCGGGACGAAAUGGUCAGACUGAUCAAAUAAACUUUUUUACUCACUAGGAAACGGACACAUACAACUUUUCCUCAGUUAUGCACCAAAGGCAGUUUGUUUCCUCUUUUUAUUUAUUCACGGUUACUUUAAUGUGACUUGGGUUAACUUACAGAAGUGUUGGAUCCGAAAUUCUUGGAGAACUGCAACUGUAAACGUGUGAUACUUACAGUACCUGUAAAGUAUUCCUACGGAUUUAUACAAUUUAUAGGCACGACCGAUGCCGAGUAGUAUGUGAGAGAGGUACAUUUCUCUUUUUGGGUGGAAAAUGUCCAGUACAUUAUCAGAAGGUCAAAAAUUAAUCAAGAAGCCUUUAAGAAGUCCAUUGAAGGCAACAUCAACAAAUGACAAGGGGCAUGUUUUUGUCGAACCACAAACACCACUAAAAAACUCAAAUAAGGCUUCAGCAUCUGAAGCUUCAUCACUUGAGAGCCAUAGUAACAUGGGGCCCCUGACAACACCUACUAAGGGCCUUGAGGCACCGUCUAGCGAGCCCUGGACACCCACCUCCAACCUGAAGAUGCUUAUCAGUGCGGCCAGUCCUGAGAUUCGCAACCGCGAGAAAGAACAAGCCGUGGACAGUGGCGAAUCGGAGAACUCACAGGAGACUGAGCAAGGGGAAGAAGUAGAAAAGCUCCAGAUAAGUCGUAAAGACAAAAGCCUUGGUUUGCUGUGUUACAAAUUUCUUGCGAGGUACCCAAACUACCCCAAUCCUGCUGUAAACAACAAAAUCAGCCUCGACGAUGUGGCAAACGAACUGAAUGUGGAACGACGUCGUAUUUACGACAUCAUGAAUGUUCUCGAGAGCCUGAACAUGGUCAGCCGGCUGGCCAAGAACUGCUACACGUGGCACGGCCGGGUGAAACUUGCGCAGACACUUGCCGUGCUAAAGCGGGCUGGCAAAGAGAACCGCUAUGAGCAACUGAUGCACCAGAUCCGUCAAAGGAACCUAGAGCGAGAAGAGAGAGAGUUCGACUUGGAGGGAGAGGAGAAGGAGAAUGAAGAAAUGUCCGGUUUUGAUAUGGAUGGAGACUCUGGUCAAGCAGAGCUUUCAGGAACAGAUCCUAAAGCAGCUUCAGCGAAUAGUCGAAAAGACAAAUCUCUGAGAGUGAUGAGUCAGAAAUUCGUCAUGUUGUUCCUGGUGUCCAGCCCUCCAGUGGUUAGUCUUGAAAUAGCUGCCAAGAUCCUCAUCGGUGAAGAUCAGUUGGUGGAUCAGGACAAAAACAAGUUCAAAACUAAGAUCCGCAGACUUUAUGACAUUGCAAAUGUUCUGAGCAGCCUAGAGCUGAUAAAGAAAGUGCAUGUGACUGAGGAUAGAGGAAGAAAGCCUGCUUUCAAAUGGACUGGACCAGAAGACUUACCAUCUCCAAAGGCUCUGGGGACCUCUACUACAUCAUCAGCAUCACGGCCUCUGGAGUCUCGUUCCUCUGUUGAUAACUGUGCUAAAAAUCUCUUUUCCUCCCCCGGAACAAAGCGAGGUUUUACCCGCCACCAUUCUUUAGUCAAGCUGGUUAAGAGCAUACAGAGCGACCGCAGGAAAAUAAACUCUGCACCUUCUAGUCCUGUUAAAAUGACAGGUGAUUCUGCAAACAGUGAGUUCUACACAAACAAAAUGGCCCAUCUGGCUGCUAUCUGCAAAAAGCAACUAGAUGAACAAUCGACGGUCCAUCAUGUUCAACCGAACAAUGAGGUGACGGACGCUCUGAACGCAAGCCCUUCACACUCAUCUGAAUCCUCGUCUUCUAGCAAUCAUCAGCCUUAUGGGCCUUCAGGAAUGCAGAUCCCAGUUCUGCCCGCUGGGGCGAUCUCAUACCUUUCGACUAAGUGUUCCCCGAUCAUCCCGGUUCUUUUUCCUCAGCACCAGGCAGGUGGGUCAUAUGCUGUUUACAUGCACCCCACCUCUCUAAGACCACAGCCCACCAGCCUAGCGGUCCGUUCAAUGACAUUUGAGAGCCCAGGGAGUGCAAACGCAAAGACAUCACCGGCUGCCAUGACUAACAGUAACCAAACCAACCACCAGUCAUCACACGGUACAGAGCCGACAAGUCCCCCAACCCUUAAACGAGCAUGUGGAGAAAAGAGCUUAGUGGGAAGUCCAUCCAAACUGCAGCGGAUAGAGCCAAAGAGCGGUUCUCCAAAGCUGUGUGAGAUUCUGCAAGCUCGUCUAAAGGCCCGUAGAGGGUCUUUUGUCUCCCACCGGCCUUCCCCGAGAGCCCUGCAUCUAGAGUUCACCAAGCCCUGUGAGAACCAGCCUCCCUCAUUACCCACCAGCACAGCGCCUCUGGAGCACAGCGUGGAGACCUUCCUGGAGAAGGAGGAGAAGGUUCAGACCUCAGACAACGAGGCAGGACUGACCCCUGUUAGACCACCUCAGUCGCAGGCCCAGAAGAUCAGCGUUCCCUUUCAGGACAUGGGGCUGCCAUCUGGAGCCAUGCAUACAGAGACUUUGAUCCCUGCAGGUUAUUUGAUUCCGAUCCCUCAGCAGUCCAUCCUCAACUUCAGAGAUCCACAGUACUCCACUGGAGAAAUCUCCAGAGCCUCCACGCCAACAUACAAUAUCUACCACACCCCAAACGCAGGUUCCAGACCCCAUCUUCCUCAAGAAGUUACCCCCACCCGGCUCCCUCUCCACCGGAUACCGCACAUGUCCCACUUUCCUUCUCACGGCCAUCGCAUCCACAGCCCCAGUCCUGCUAUUCUCAACUUCACACUGCAGAACCUGGGCCUUAUCCCCGGCACCACCACACCAAACUCCACUCCUGAGGCGUCCAGCACACUUCCAUCUCCCCACCGAGGGCUCCCUCACCAGGGCAUGAUCUUUGUAAAGCCCCUGUCUCCUGGCCGAGCUCUGCAGCCGGCCUCAAUACACGGACAGCCCGUCACCCUCAUCAGCAUACCACAGGCUUUAGUAACCACACCUAAAGGCGGUCAAGCCCUCCAGCAGAGUUUCUUUCACACACCCGUCUCCUUCUCUACUGUAAGCAACACCACAGUUCCCAAAAACUUCUACAUCCCUCAGAGAAAGCUUGAUGUGAGUCCAGAGGACACCUAAGACCUCCACACUUGCAGUCCUUAUGCUGCUAAAAAAAACACUGUUCUGUUUGAGCCAUUGUGUGUGCUUGUUAUUUGUCUUCGAGUGUUUUUAUGUUUUUGUCGAUUUUAUAUUGUACUUUACUGUAGGGUCUGCAUUAACCACACAUAAAUCUGUGGUUCUUGGUGCUUUCCACUGCCGAGCCCGAGGAAGGCAGGACAGCAUGCAAACAUGGUGCUACGCUAUUUGACAGGAAGAUACUUAAGGGUUUAUUUGCUAAAUUAAAGUAUAAUUCAGGUUGUUCUUUCUAAAAUGCUGUAAAUGUAGGGUUAAAAAAGAAAGAAUGAAAAAAUAUUUGUAUGAAAUGUUAAAAGGAAAUCUAAUUUCAGGGAUUCUAGAAAUUGCCAAAAUUGAAAGAUUUUGUUGCGAGUGGCAUUGACUUAAAGUGUUAAAGUACCACAGUAUAUUAAAUAGCCAUAAGUUGGCCAUUGUGAUAUGUUGAAUUAAUAUGGGAGAAUGUUAGAUUAAGGGUGUUAUAAAGUAUUGUAGAUGUAUUGUAUUUUAUGUUAAUGAACUCUAGUAAUAUUACAAUAUGCACAUCAUUUAUUUGAACUGCCUUUACAGUUGGAUCUAUAUGAAAUAAAGAUAAAUGAAUGUGCUCUA